AUGGUUAUGGCACCUUCGGUUCUCGCGUCUGACGAAGUAUACGUGUCCAACAAUCAUUAUAAUAACGACCACAGUAGUAGUAAAGACUCGAAGCUCGUCAGCAACACCACUCUCAAUCAUGGCGUGAAUGAUCUGUAUAAGGCCAAGUUGGCCUCCAAGGACUUGGUUUUUGAGGUCCUCAAGAAGCGCGUGGCCAGCAUCAAUGUCGACCGUUGCGAACCCGGGGAGGAAGAUGCCUUUUACGUGGCCGACAUGGGCGAGAUCUACCGCCAGCAUCUCCGCUGGAAGAUGAACCUGGGCCGUGUCAAGCCUUUUUAUGCGGUCAAGUGCAACCCGGACCCGGAGAUCCUUCGUCUCAUGGCUAAGCUUGGCAACGGUUUUGACUGCGCCUCCAAAGCCGAGAUCGACCUGGCCCUGCAGACGGGCGUCGAUCCCAGCCGCAUCAUCUAUGCGCAGCCGUGCAAGACCAAAUCCUACAUCCGCUAUGCCGCCCAGAAGGGUGUCAAGCAGAUGACCUUUGACAAUGCCGACGAGCUGUACAAGAUCAAGGCCGACUUCCCCGACGCGGAGCUGUACCUCCGCAUCCUGACCGACGACUCCACUAGUCUCUGCCGCCUGAGCAUGAAGUUUGGCGCCUCCCUAGAUGUGGCGCGGUCGCUGCUGGAACUGGCGCGGCAGCUCGAGCUCAAUGUGGUCGGCGUGAGCUUCCAUGUCGGAUCGGGUGCGGAGGACCCCAAGGCCUUUCUGAAGGCCGUGCAGGAUGCUCGUUGGGUCUUCGACCAGGCUGCCGAGGUCGGCUACGAGCUCCACACUCUGGAUGUGGGUGGUGGUUUCUGUGAUGAGACGUUUGAGAAGUUUGCUGCCAUCCUCAGCCAGGCCCUCGACACCUAUUUUCCGGCGCAGGUUCGGAUCAUCGCGGAGCCGGGUCGUUACUAUGUCGCGGGCGCGUUCACGCUUGCCGCCAACGUCAUUGCCCGCCGCGAUGUUCGCGAUCCCAAGGACCCGUCGCGCGAUGCGUACAUGCUGUAUCUGAACGAUGGUGUUUAUGGCAACUUUUCGAACAUCAUCUUCGAUCACCAGCAUCCGGUGGCGCAGAUCCUGACCUGCGUCGAAACAUGCCCGGGGUCGAGUGACAGUGACGGUUCCUCUUCGACGUCGUCUCUUUCUUCGUCCGGCAUCGAUUAUUCCAUCUGGGGCCCGACGUGCGAUGGGAUCGAUGUUAUUACUGAGCGCGUCACCCUGCCGGGUCUCGUGGAUGUCGGUGACUGGCUGUAUUUUGAGAACAUGGGGGCCUACACCCGGUGCAGCGCGACCCGCUUCAACGGGUUCACCGACAACCACGAUGUCAUCUACAUCUCGAGCGAGACUGGCGCUUCUGCUCUGCUCGAUUAUUAG